UUCUCUAUUCGUAAAAAGGUAGAGAAACGAAGAAGGAAAGAGAAGAAGAAGGAAAAACACAAAUGGAAGGGAAAGAGGAAGAAGCAAAGAGGAGAAUGAUGAUGAAGAUCAAGCUUAAGGGGACAGAAGACAUAAGCCAAGAAGACAUUAAAAGACAAGAAGCUUACAACAUGUCUCCACGUACAAGUGCUCGUGGUGGUGGUGGUGGCUCAGUCGGUAUGAUCAAGUCAUCAAGCGUGAGGCAAAACUGUUUAUGCGCGCCAACGACACACCCUGGCUCCUUCAGGUNAUGCCGUUACCACCGUCGUAACGCUGGACUUGGGAUGUCACGUGGCAUAUCCGUUCCGUCAAACCUUUCCAUGUUGGUUGGAGACUCUAAUUCUGCCUCUCCUAAGUGAUCAUCAAUAUAUAAUGUGCUUUCUUUCUCAUCAAUUUAAAUUCCUCGUAUGUGUCUGUGUAUAUACCAACAAAAAAAAUGCAUUAAGUAGAGAAAUAUCUGGAUAUUCACUUUGCUGUUUGCACAAAUGAAAUAAAUUCAAGUGUCGUGAUUUUUGUUU